CCGCUCGUCAAGCCACUCGCCUCGCUCUAUUCCUUUCCUCGCUGCGGCUCACGACGACCAACUACCGUUCGACAUCAUUCCUCACGACUAUGAAAUAUAUAGAAUUCCCCGAGUUAUCACGCCUUUCCCAAGCGCUCACUCAUGAGGGCCCAGAAUGCUCCGUACACACUCGUAUUGAAGCAUAUAGCUGCAAGAACAUCAAACGCGACAAGAAACUCUUCAAGUCCCUUGAACAUGCCUACAACGACGAGCUCUCCCAUUCACCGCCACUUCCUUCAUGGCUUGAUCGCGAGCCUGAGCUCACCCCGUUUGGCCCUAUGGACAAGCAGGCAUCUCGCAAGACACUCUACCUUCUCAUAGCCACCCUUAACAUCGCAUUCCCUGACUAUGAGUUCUCAGAUGUCAGACCCGCACACUUUAACAAAGAGAAAAACGGCGCGAGCGUGCUAAAUUCUCUCAGCACAACCCUUCUCUCUCCUCACCGUGCUGGCAUGAGCGUACCACGCACAUACUCAGCUUAUCCUCCCACGUCGUCCAUUUUUUUUCCUUCUUCUGUCCCAACUACCUCAUCAUCACCUCUGCACCACAUGGUGUCCAGCCCCCAUGCACCUCCCCAGAUAGUUUCUGGCACACACCCAACCUUGUAUCGUAUAUUGGAUGAUGUCAUUGGUCUCGCAGAUUGCCAAGUCUUCUCAUACUCCCCAGAUAUCGAUUCUGAUCCCCACGCCAAUGAUUCUGACGAUGAAGAUGAUGUCGCAUCUGUUGCAGAUGAGGAUUCGUCCGACGACCCAGACGAUGAACCCCCUUUCGAAUUUGAUGACUAUGACGUAGACGAGUUCUUUCCGGAUCCUACCAGCUCAAGACCCGCUUCCGUGUCCCUGCAAAAUCGUAUACCCUUCCGGUAUAACAGCGGCAGCACGAGUAGUGGCGAAUCGCCCGAGCGCAAUAACUUCGCCCAUGUGCGAUUAAAGCGGCGUUGUGGUGCACUCUUGUGGUCCUCGCACUGGUUCUUCCUCAACCCUAAGCUAAAGCGAAUAGUCUUCAUCUCCGUCUGGGCGCACACGAAGAACGCACAUAUGAGAUGGGAUGACGAAGAGUGGUUCGAGAUGGGAAUGGACAAUGACAGCUAUAUUGGCGUGGGCUCUGUACCAAAGAAUGAACGGUUCUUUGGAUGGGAAGGUAGUAUCGGUGCAGGAGCCCGAGCGAUGGGUCUCAGUGCGUCUGCUUGAUUGGUGAGGCACGAUCCUGGCAGGAUUCCUGACGAGUGCUCAUCUCUCAGCUAGCAUUUCCAUGCUUGCUCACUUGACCC